GUUCAAAAGCUCACAGGUGAGCUUCUGGCCCUUAUUAUGCCGGAUAACGAAUUUGACCCCUCUGCCGUCACCUUUUAUGGUCAGUUUAUACUGCGGCACAGGAAAGCCCCCAAAUCUGGAGCAGUACCUGUAUGCAUUCCUUGAAGAAGCCCGCAAGCUCACAGUGCAUGGCAUGGUCUUCAAGGGGAGCCACAUCACUGUCAGCAUCACGGCCAUGGUGUGCGACGCACCCGCAAGAAGCUUUAUCAAGCAAAUAGUUGGGCACACUGGCUAUCACGCCUGCGAACGGUGCAGUCAGAGGGGCCUGCAUCUCGAGGGUCGAAUGACAUUUCCUGAUUUGCACUCACCACAACGCACCAACGAGUCGUUCCGGUCUCAGGAAGACGAGCACCAUCACACGGGAACGUCGCCAUUUGAAUCUUUAGAUGUCGACAUGGUGUCAUGGUUUCCUACGGAGUACAUGCAUCUCGUCUGUCUUGGCGUUAUGCGGCGCCUUCUGAGAAACUGGGUUAGCCAAGGGUUCGGGAGACGCCUAAGUCGACAGCAGCGUGAAAAUUUGAAUGAUUUACUUCGAAGUUGCAGUAAGCGUUUCCCCAGCAACUUUCAAAGGAAGCCAAGAGGCACUGAGGAACUUGACCGGUGGAAGGCCACAGAGUUUCGAAGCUUCCUCUUGUAUGUGGGACCUGUGGUUUUGAAGCAUGUGUUGCCAAACGAUCAGUACCGUCACUUUUUAAUGCUGCAUGUGGCAGUGAGAAUUCUUGUAUCUCCUGCACAUUACGAGGUUUAUAACGGAUUUGCCAGGGACCUUCUUAGGUACUUUGUGCAGGAGUUUGGCACCUUGUAUGGGGCCAAGCAGCUCGUUUACAACGUGCACACGCUCAGCCAUCUGGCUGAGCAGUGUUUGGACCAUGGCCCUCUUGACAGUUUUAGUGCGUUUCCUUUUGAAAGUUUCCUGGGUAAGGUUAAGAAAAUGCUACGUUCAACAAGCAAGCCUUUAGCGCAGAUCAGCAGACGAAUGUCUGAAGUCAGACAUUUGUAUCAACCUGAGAUUUCGGAACCGAAACGCAUUGUCAAAGCAGGUCAGUGCUUCAUGCUGAACGAGUCUGCAGUUGUCGUCUUGAAGCUCCUUGAAGACAGGUUCAAGGCAAGCAUUCUGCCAAACAUGACAGAUUUUUUUGAACUGCCGAUCAAGUCGUCCGCCAUCGGCAUCUGGCAGUGCGAUUCCCUCACGCACGUGACUAAAAUGUACAACCUUUCCGAACUUGACACUGCUGUUCAAUACCUCAGACUGGACUACAAAAGCAGACAUGUCAUCCUUCCACUUCUACAUCUGCUGUAGGCCUUUAACAUAGCUUUUGUAGCUUCUUUGAGGCCCUCGUAUGAUUUCCAACCUCUGCAGGCUGCAUUCUGAAAGGCCUCUGGCAAUUGAACUGUGCGCUAGUGUCAGCAGUUAAGCUGACAGUUAUGUUUUGUGGGCAACAAAAUUGCCGGAUGUUGAUCAGGACUCUUUUGAGCUGACUGAGAGCUUUCCCAAAUGCUGUGUGGAAGGCCUCAAGCAGAUGAGCUGUGCAUUGCUGCUGGCAUUCGAGCUGACAGUGCGGUGUUGUGUGCAACAAUGCUGCCAGGCGUCCGUCAGAGCUCUUCUGAACUGUGCAAGGAAUCUUCCAAGUGCAGCAUGCAAGGUGCCAACCCUUCAAACUGUGCGUUUCUGCGAGCAUUUGAACUGACAGUGGAGUGUUGUGUGCAGCAGUGCUACCAAUCGUCACUCAAGGUCCUUUCAAGCUG